UCAAGCAUUUUGUGGUAGCUAAGAGAAGGAGACAGUGAAGAGAUGGAGACCAAACCAACAGAGAUUAGCAGUUCGAAGAUGUUCGAAGGUUACAACAAAAGAUACAAGCAUUUCAGUCCAACCCUGGGCUGUUCCAUGACUUUCCAUAUCUACUUUCCUCCUUCCCCUUCCCACAAAUUCCCUGUACUUUAUUGGCUCUCAGGGCUUACUUGCUCCGAUGAAAAUUUCAUAAUCAAGUCGGGAGCUCAGCGUGCCGCUUCAGCUGAGGGUGUGGCUCUAAUUGCCCCUGAUACAUCUCCAAGAGGUCUGAAUGUGGAAGGAGAGGCAGACAGCUGGGAUUUUGGUGUAGGUAUGUGCCGGAUUUAUCUUAAUGCUACGCAAGAGAAGUGGAAGAACUGGCGUAUGUACGAUUAUGUUGUGAAAGAACUGCCAAAACUUCUGAGUGAAAAUUUCCCUCAACUCGAUACAUCAAAAGCAUCUAUUUCUGGUCACUCUAUGGGCGGCCAUGGUGCUCUGACAAUCUAUCUAAAAAACCUUGAUAAGUAUAAGUCCGUGUCUGCAUUCGCUCCCAUUGUCAAUCCUACAAAUUGCCCCUGGGGUCAGAAGGCAUUCACAAAUUAUCUUGGCAACGAAAAAGCUGCUUGGGAGGAAUAUGAUGCCACUCACCUGAUCUCGAAGUUUCAUAAUGUUUCUGCUACAAUUUUAAUCGAUCAAGGACAGGAUGACAAGUUCUUGCAUGAUCAACUUUUGCCGCACAGGUUUGAGGAGGCAUGUAAGAGUGUGAAUGCUCCAUUGUUAUUGCGAUUGCAGCCCGGUUAUGACCACUCCUACUUCUUCAUUUCCACCUUCAUUGAUGAUCACAUCCGCCACCAUGCUCAAGCUCUUAAGCUCUGAAUACUACGAGGUUAUCUGCACUUAGCAACUUGAUGGAUUUCUAAACAAAGUGUGGAGUAUUUUCCUGUUGAUUUAUGCUUGGAGUUUUAGGCGUAUGCUCUUUGUGGGUUUGUUUUGCUUUAUUAUGUCCAUAGCCUUAUCCUUGAAGGAGCAUAUAAAACAUAAAAAUCAGUUGUGAUGUAAAAGACCACUUUUACUGC